CGGAUUGUUACGUAAGCAUUGCAUAAUCUGCUUCUCUGAACAUGAGUAGAAGAAAAGAGGUAUUGAUGGAGAGCACAAAUGUUGGAGCAGCUGUGCUUCUUUUGCUGACAUAUUGGCUACUGUGUUACUGAUGACUGAUUUAAAGGGCUCGUCAAAUAUUCCAACCGGACCCAGGCGUUUUCGAGAAAGAAACGACCCCAGGGUUUCAUUCAAACCCUCUAACGAUGACUUUGCCAGGAGAAGGCCUUCAAGAUACCACACAAGACGUGGGGAGAGAUCAACUGAAAUAUCAAGAGAAAACUCCAGGGAAAGAAUCCAAAACCGCUAUAUUGAAAGGCUGGAAGAAAGCCAACGACCCAGACAAACAGCGAGAGAAAGAAAUGGAUUAGAUCCAAGAUAUAGAAGGAGUGCAUACUCAAGAUCAAGGUCUACAACUCCCACCAGACAUUACAUGUCCAAUUCAAGGUCUAGAUCUGGAUCCAGGUCGAGAUCAAAUCAAAAUUUAAGAUCAAGAUCAAGAGACGAUUAUCGCUCAAGGUCUAAUCGAUAUUCAGAUAAACAUUCCCAUCUUUCUAAUAAAGUGGAUCCUGAAACUGUUAUCUCCAUUGAGAAAAGAGAUAGAUCUUCAUACACCUUAUGGGAUUUAAAACCUCAAGGCUUUGAAGAAAUUUCUGCUGAAAAAGCUAAAAUCUCAGGCUUUUUUCUUUUGCCUGGAAUCCGUUUAAACAACAAUAACAGCAAUAACGAUAACAACAACAACCAAAAUUUCAAUAUACCUAAAGAAAAUGGCGAUAAUAAAUUAGGCUUAAAGUUUCAACCUAAUCUUAAUGAUUUGAAUAAUAAUUUUAAUAAUAUUCAUAAUCGAAAAUUACAGCAUCAACAACAACUUGAUUUACGUAAAUUUCAAAAUUUUUUGAUUGAUAACGUAAAGAAUGAUGCCACUCUUAAAACUAUAACCGAUCCCAAUUCAAAUGUCAACUGUGAAAAUUCUUCUAAUUCAAAAAGAAUUUUAGUAAGAAAUCUUACUGAUAAUUCUAUUGCUCCUCAAAUAAUUGCUUAUAUUAAUGAUUUCCUUGACUCAAUUCAUAACUUUUUCUUUAAAAACCCAAUUCAAUCUUAUGUUGUUUUAAACAACACUAUAAUACUACAAUGUCAAGACUUUAGAAUCCCUUCUAUAUUAAUUGCACUUGAUGGUCGUUUAAUAGAUCAUCUAAAUUUUAGACUUUCAAUAUCUAGACCUGAUGAAUAUAUAAUCCCCAAUUCUACUCAGACCAGUGAUAGAAAAAAUAGUUAUUGGUCUAUAGUUCCAGACUCUGACUCAAAACUAGUAAUUUCUAACAUUCCUCUAAAAUAUGACGAUGAAUCUUUGAAACAAAAAAUAUCCGCCAUCUCAGAUAUUGAGAAUCUAUGUCUUUUGAAGGAAAAAAAUAAUCCUAAUAUUAAUAAGGAUAUAGCCUUUCUUACAUUUAAAGAUUGGCAAAACACCUCGAAAUAUAUUGAAAAAUUAAACUCUUUUGAAUUAGAAGGGUCUAAAUUGAUUUGCAAAAGGUGUUGUGCUGGUUAUCAACAGAACGUUCAAAUGAAUUGUCUUAAUUUACUCAAUUUAGUCAAAGGCACUGACCCUUCGAUUCAUAAAAAAUCAAAUGUUUUAUUGAUUUUAAACUCCUUUAAUGUUGGAGAAAUUUUGGAUAAACAAUCAACUGCUGUAAAUAAGGAAUCUAAUAGUAUCAUUCAAAAAGAAAUUGUUGAAAAAGUGAAUAGCCUUGAAUCAGAUUUUAGAGAAGAAUGUUCUAAAUAUGGAGAGGUAAUUGAUAUUAAGAUUCCACAUCUUGAAAACAUAGCAAAUUUCAAAAAAGAAAUUGGAGCCAAUUCUAAUUUUGGAAAAAUAUUUAUUAAAUUCAAAAAUUCCGAAAUUUGCUCAAAUGUUAUGAAAAAUAUAAGUGGAAGAAAAUAUAAUGAUCGUUUGUUAUUAUCAACUUAUUUCAGUGAAAGUGACUUUGAACUUGAUUUAUUUAAGUAAAGAUAAGAGUUUUAUUUUGCUAGAGUUUUUUGCUCUUAUUAUUUGAUUUUUCUG